ACUUGGUCACCGUCCCAGACACUGCCUGUGCAGGCCUUCAUGUCACAUCUGGGAGUUUUUCAGUCUUAUACACAGGGGAAUUCUCAACCACAACCUCUGUAUCUGGUAACUACAGAUGGACGCAGAAACAUUAGUUAGAAAAAUGUGAUUCUUGCGCAGGAAAGUUGGAGCACGGAAGAGUUCAGAUGUGGGCGGGUGUGUGUUUAAAAAAAAAAAAAAAGGGUGGAACCCCCACCACCAGCAGCCAAGUCUGCAGAAAAAAAUAAAUGAAGUCUGCCUAUCUGGGGCCGGAGCCCCUCCCCUAGGCCCGCGCGGAGGAGUGUGACCCAGGGGCCUCUUCCUCCCGCCGGUGAGGGUCAGGAGCAGGCCCGUGUGACCCUCGCAGAGAUCCGCCGGCCCCUCGGCCCCUGCUCGGCCGCGCCGGGCACCGUUGGCGAUGAGCAGCCCCAACCCAACGCCGCCAACCACCCACCAGGAGAGAGGAGGUAACAUGCAGGUUCCUGAUCUGCUUGAGAUCCUAGCCCUCUGGCCAGACCACUGAGCUUCAGAAAAACACACUCAGUAACUUGGAGAGUGCCACGGGCGGCCCUUCCCACAGGGGAGAGGAUGCACAGAUCUAUAGGAACCUCCAGUUGGGAGCCCUCCGGGAGGGGUUUCAAGAGACAGAAAGGAGACACUGACCCCACCAUGGACCAAAAGACACUGGAUAUCGCCAUCAUUGCAGGCGUGAUCGCCGCCGUGGCCUUCGUCCUGAUCGGCCUCCUCGUCCUCACGCUACACUACAUGUACCGGCAUAAGGGCACUUACCACACCAAUGAGGCCAAGGGCACGGAGUUUGCUGAGAGCGCGGAUAUGGCCCUGCAGGGCGACCCAGCCCUCCAGGAUGCCGGUGACAGCAGCAGAAAGGAGUACUUUAUCUGAGGGGCACCAGGCCUCAUCUCCCUCAGCGCCUCCGACCCCACAACUUCACUCUGCCACCUGCACCACCACGCAGACUGCAGGAGCACCCACCUGGGCCCAAGAUAUGUACCCGGCCUGGGGACACUAGAUGCCAGAGAGCUGGGGGGAAAGAGGAGGAAUCGAGCCAGAAGAGGCCUCUCCCAGGGACCCAGGGAUGCUGUGACCGCCCCGGAAGUCGGUUUUUGCUCUGCCAAAGGGAAAAAGUCUUGGUCCUCCUGGGCGGUGCAGUUUGUCAUCAGUGUGAUAUGACAGCCUAUGCUGGGUGUGAGUGGGGUGGGUGAGCCUGGGGGUGGGGCGAACAAGGAAGUGCGUUAUCAGUAUGCUAACUGGGGACAAUGACAUCAAAUAUCAAUCCUUAACAUUUGGGGGAACAGCAGGUGACGGAACUAAAGGUACUUUUGUCUCCCAUUGAUCCAGCUCUAAGUGAUUGGAAAUAAUGUAACUGAGUACUUAGCAUUACUAUAAUUGUCGAAGAAUAAACGCCGCCCAGGCCGGGCUUUUCA